ACCUCACAUCUCUCUUUAUUUCUCUCCACAAUAACCCAUUUCUCAUCUGUGUUGUUUUACUAUAUUCCUUGAUCUACUCAGAAAAAUCAAAGCCUUUUCUUUCUCUGUUUUCUUUAAAAAUUCACUGGAAAAAACCUUACGCAGGAAAGUUCUUGUGGAUACAUCAUGAUGAUGGGAAAAGAAGAUCUGGGUUUGAGCCUAAGCUUAGGAUUCUCACAAAAUCACAAUCCUAUUCAGCUGAAUCUAAAUCCUAGUUCGUCCAUUUCCAACAAUCUCCAGAGUUUUCCAUGGAACCAAACAUUCGCUCCUACAUCAGAUCUUCGCAAAAUAGAUGUGAACAGUCUUCCAUUAACGGUGGAUUGCGAGGAGGAAGCAGGAGUUUCGUCUCCAAACAGUACGAUCUCGAGCACCAUAAGCGGGAAGAGGAGUGAAAGAGAAGGAAUCUCCGACACCGGCGAUGACCACGACGAGAACACUCCGGAUCGAGGGUACUCACGUGGAACCUCUGACGAGGAAGAAGACGGCGGCGAAACGUCGAGGAAGAAACUUAGAUUAUCUAAGGAUCAGUCUGCCUUUCUCGAGGAGACUUUUAAGGAACACAACACUCUCAAUCCCAAACAGAAGCAAGCUUUGGCUAAGAAGUUGAACUUGACAGCUAGACAAGUAGAGGUGUGGUUCCAGAACAGAAGAGCAAGAACCAAAUUAAAGCAAACGGAGGUGGAUUGCGAGUACUUGAAACGGUGCGUUGAGAAGCUAACGGAAGAGAAUCGGCGACUUCAGAAAGAGGCUAUGGAGCUUCGAACACUAAAGCUGUCUCCACAAUUCUACGGCCAAAUGACUCCACCCACUACACUCAUCAUGUGUCCAUCGUGCGAGCGUGUGGCUGGGCCAUCAUCGAACCAUCACCACAAUCACCGACCCGUUCCGACCAACCCGUGGGUUGCAUGUGCUGGUCAGGUGGCUCAUGGGCUGAAUUUUGAAGCCUUGCGUCCACGAUCGUGAGGGAGAAGGGUGUUUUGGUAGUUUUCGUUGUUGUGAUGGUUUGUUUGAUAUUAGUUGGGAGGUGUGGCUGUGUGGGGUCAAUAGUAGUAGGUCAAUGUAGUUUUGGAUGAUUGGCCUUCCCAAGUUCUAGUGCUAUAUGUAUCAUGUAACCUUCAUAUAUUUAAAUUAGCAAAAUUAGUUACAAUAUUGAACAAUAUAUGAAGCUAUCUUUUUAAA